GGCCCCCGAAAACGUCGCGUCCCUGAGCACGAAAGUUAAGUUCAGGAAUCAGGACACGUCGAUGAAGCUGCCCUUCGAAUGUCAAAAUAAUGCCCAAUCUGAGUUCGAGGACACUUGGUCGUCUCUCAUCUUGUUGAGGGUUGCUCCUUUCUUCUGAACACUUCUAUUUAAUUCCUUCCCUUCCUUUCUCUUCGAAUCCAUUGCACCGUUCUUUCCGCGGCGGAUCUACAAUCAACACCCAACGUCCUGCAUUGGACCACACCAACAUGUCUACUCCAAACGCUUCUCUGCGCCAGAGACCUGGGAAGGACAAGGGCAAAGUGGUGAUCAAUGGCGAUAGGCAUGAAGAUGGCCCGGCCAAUACAUACGAGCCUUUGAAGAGAUCCGCGUUAAGAGAAUGGGACUACAAGAUUGGUCUGACCAUAGUCACCAUUCUUGCCUUUGUUACCCGUUUCUUCGGCAUCAGCCAUCCUAACGAGGUUGUGUUCGAUGAAGUCCACUUCGGAAAGUUUGCAUCCUACUAUUUGCAGAGAACCUACUUCUUCGACGUCCAUCCUCCCUUCGGCAAACUGCUCUUCGCUUUCGUCGGCUGGCUUGUGGGCUAUGAUGGACAUUUCCUCUUUGACAACAUUGGUGAUUCCUACAUCAGCAACAAUGUCCCAUACCUUGCCUUCAGAUCCCUUCCUGCGCUCCUCGGAGCUCUCACUGUUGUCGUGGUAUACUUGAUCAUGUGGGAAUCGGGCUAUUCACUACCUGCCUGCGUUUUGGCGGCAGGAUUGAUCCUCUUCGACAAUUCACAUGUGGGACAGACUCGACUGAUCCUUCUCGACGCCACUCUCGUCUUCUUCAUGGCUCUAAGCGUCUACUCCUACGUCAAAUUUUACAAACAGAGACAUGAAGCGUUCAGCCGAAAGUGGUGGAAAUGGCUAUUGGUUACAGGCUUCUGCAUGAGCUCUGUCAUCUCUACCAAAUACGUUGGAGCAUUCACCUUCUUCACCAUUGGCUGUGCUGUCCUCAUUGACCUGUGGGAUCUGUUGGACGUCAACCGUAGGGAAGGGGCUUUGGACCUUCUUACUUUUGGCAAGCACUUUGCGGCCCGCGCCGUGGGGCUCGUCGUCAUCCCCUUUUUCUUCUACCUCUUCUGGUUCCAGGUCCAUUUUGCCGUCUUGACGCGGUCGGGUCCUGGAGAUGACUUCAUGAGUCCUGAGUUCCAGGAGACACUUAGUGAUAACCUGAUGCAUCAAGCCUCGGUCGACAUUCAAUACUACGACCUCAUCACUUUGCGGCACAAGGAUACCAAGGUCUACUUGCACAGUCACCCAGACACUUAUCCGCUUAGAUACGAGGACGGCCGUAUUUCCAGCCAGGGACAGCAGGUGACGGGUUACCCUUUCAACGAUACCAAUAAUGAGUGGCAGAUUUUGCCCAUGGAAGCAGGAACUAAAGCAGGCCAACUUGUAUUGAAUGGCGAUGUUGUCAAGCUUCGACAUGUGGUAACCGACACUAUGCUUCUCACGCACGAUGUGGCAUCCCCUUACUACCCCACAAACCAAGAGUUCACUGCUGUCCCUCUCGAUGCUGCUAAUGGAGACCGCCACAACGAAACGUUAUUCGAGAUUCGAUUGGAACAAGGAAAGAAGGGUCAACCUUUCAAGUCGCACUCUGGACAAUUCAAGCUCGUCCAUUAUCCUACCAAGGUGGCCAUGUGGACUCACACAACACCACUACCCGAAUGGGCCUUCAAACAAGCUGAAAUCAACGGCAACAAGAACGUCCAGCAGUCCAGUAAUAUCUGGUAUGUCGACGACAUUCCUAAUAUCCCGGCCGAUUCGCCGAGAUUGAUCAAAGAGGCCAAGAAGGUCAAAACCCUACCUUUCCUGGUGAAAUAUAUUGAGCUUCAGCGUGCCAUGUUCUACCACAACAAUGCCCUGACGGCAAGUCACCCCUAUGCUUCACUACCUUAUCAGUGGCCGUUCUUGUUGCGUGGAGUCAGCUUCUGGACGCAAGACAGCACCAAGCAACAGAUAUACUUCCUUGGGAAUCCCAUAGGAUAUUGGAUAACCGCAGCCCUGCUCGCUGUUUUGGCAGGUAUCUUGGGAGCGGAUCAGUUGAGUCUGAGACGCGGUGUAGACGCUCUUGAUCGUCGCACUCGGUCCAGACUUUAUAACAGCACAGGAUUCUUCUUCCUCUGCUGGGCAGCGCACUAUUUCCCAUUCUACCUGAUGGGACGUCAGCUCUUCCUGCAUCAUUAUUUGCCGGCCCACUUGGCCUCAUGCCUCGUCACAGGCGCUUUGGUCGAGUUCAUCUUCAAUGUCGACCCGGUUCUCGAUGACGAAAUAUCUGCCACGAUCUCCGCCAAGAAGGACAAAGUCGCCUCCAAGGUCCCUGAGAAGGCUAGACGGUCCUUCCAGACGGCCCAAGAACGGCUGAAGGGUCAAAGCAUGUUUGCGACUUGGGUCGCGACGGGCGUUGUGUUGGCCGCCGUCCUUUAUGGAUUCUACUUCUUCUUCCCCCUCACUUAUGGCUGGCCAGGCUUGACGCCCGACCAGGUCAAUGCCCGGAAAUGGCUUGGCUAUGACUUGCACUUCGCCAAAUAAGUCAAGAAGGCGAGGUUGCAUUGCAGAUAAUGGAAGGCCCAGGUCGAUCCUGGCGCAUGUUUGCUGUCAUGCUCCCCAUGCCUUGUGCAUGAGGAUGAUAAGGUAGCAACAAAGGCCGAAAGGA